GAUUGGCUACUCUAGCUGCCAAUUCUUGGAGUGGCGUGUGGCAAUCUCACAGGUUCAUAUGUAUGGAGAGGGGGAAUGGGAGUGGGUCACUGAUUGCGACAGCGGGAACUACGACUCGCGAACUUGCACCAUCGAGAAUCUGCUGAGCUUGACAGACUACAAUGUGCGGGUUUGGGCACAGUGCACUGUUGUGGAGCUUAGCUCCUACCCAAAUCGAACCACUGUGGCUGUUGGAACUCGGCCAAUUCCUUCGGUGGCACCUUCAGCGCUGUUUUGCACACAACUGGAGCCGCUGCGGUUUUAUGCAGAUUGGUGGCCAUCGAACAGCGAAGACUGUGUUUUUGUUGCUUGGCAAGUCGAUGCACAGCUGCUCCCCAGAACUGCGGGCUUCACAGCAGAUGGCCUCUAUGAAGAAGCAGCACCUGGUGGAGAUUGGGUGACAAAGUGCCUGCUGGAAGACCGAAAUGUCCUGAACUGCUGGGUCGGAGAUUUGCUUGCCAACCGAGAGUACAAGAUCAGGGUUCGAGAGACUUGCACGGACCCUUUGGCCAACAGUCCCUUCUUCGAGAGGUAUCAGGAGUGCACAACGUUGACCAUGCCUGCCUUCGAUCCAACCAAUCUUACAGCCUACGACGAAGACCUGUAUACGUUUGAGGUAAGUUGGGAACCCAACGAUCCGAAGGCGUGCAUUUUCCAGUACUGGGACAUACAAGCGAAGAUCAACGGAACCGACUGGCCUGAGGGUGAUGACCCAGCUGUGUUUGGCUGCAGAUCCUUGGUAAGGACCACUACAAACUGCACGGUCCAUGUUGGCAUCAACAGUGGCGUGGCCUUCGAGUGGAGAAUACGUGGCCUCGUUGCGGUUUCAGCUGCACGACUUCUCGCAGGCCCUGGAGGAGUUGACGCUUCUGGUGGAAGAGGAUCCAGGCAAUAAGGAGGCAAUUCGGCUCUUGGAGCUCUGUGAGAUCCAGGUGGCCAGAGAAGUGCGAGAGAAGGCCAGCAGCUGGGAUCAAUGGGUGGCCGAGAUGGAGACGGCAGGGUUUUUCUAUUCCUUCGACUGGUCCGAGGGGCAGGCAGAGGGAGCGGAAGGGGAGCGGGCAGAGGAGCAGGCAGCGCAGGGUGGAGUGUUGGAAGGGAUUGGACGAGACCGAGGCUUCGCGCAGCGACAGAGGUGGGGCUUACGCCUGCGGGAAUCGGCGGUGGGCUUGGAAGUCGAAGACAUCCUGCCUGGCAUCGUCAAGGACUGCAACUUCGCCGUGCCAGAGGCUGCCAUCUGCGUGGGAGACAAGAUCCUUGAGGUGAACGGUGUGAGACCUUCUGGGCAAAGCUCUGCCCUGGCAAUGUUGGCUGAGAUGUCUAAGGAGGUCCUUCAUCUUCUGCUGGCUCCUCCGGGUGAUCAUUUCGCGGUGCCUUUGAAGGACUCCAAGCGACCGUUGAAGACGGCCAACCGCACCUGGACCGAUGCCGUGCAGAAUGAACUCUUGGGUUUCAGCCCACCGUGCCUCUGCGACUGGCUGUGGCAUGAGGAGCGCAUCGCGACCUUCCGCAAGUGGCUGUGGCAUGAGGAGCGCAUCGCGACCUUCCGCAAGUGGUCAGGAGACUGGAGAGCUGCCACAAUCCAGCUCGAUGGAUGUACCUGGACUGCGGAGGUGGAGGAUGUCUUCAGCAGACUGAAAUCUGAGGAACGGAUCCAAUUCCGUCCUGGGCAACGCAGCUUGCAGUCCGUGUCUGACCUCGACAUGAUCAUCGUACCUCUCAUUUUGGACGAAGAGGUCGAGGACAUGACGGAGUUGCCAGUACAGGUGCGGAGUUUCCUGCUAGAGCUGGAGGACUUGGACAUGGAUUCCCUGUGCAUUUUGGUCCUGACCGCUGGUGGUAAUGGCCCGGAAUGCUCUGGAGCCAGGAAUGAUGGGUUCGGCAUGCCGGCCGCAGCGCCGCUGCGCGGCAUGUUCCGCUGCUUUCGUUUGGAAAACCCCGAGAUGCCGAUUCUGCACCUUGAUAGCGAUGCCUUGGUCCUGAAGAACUGCGGAGCUGGAGGUGCUCCUCGGCAUUGGGAGGUUGGUACUUCUAUGGCAUCAGGGGAGAAUUUUGAUGGUGCAGGGCUGUUGGCGGUCUUCAACCUGUUUGGGUCCAAAGUGGCGUGUAGCUUGAAAGAUGUGGCCUAUCGGAAGCAGCGCCGCUUUGUGCCCAAGUCGGGGGAGUCCUAUGCCAAGCUGUGCAAAGCAUUGGAGGCAUUUCCCAAGAUCUGUCAGGAGAUGGAGGUUUCUAGGUUAUACUGUACCUGCAACCGCUCCAGCAGGUCUCCGUGCUUGAUGGCCGAGGGAGUAAAGAAGCUGCUACAAGGAUAUCUGAGAGACUUUGAAGUGGCAGCGAAUAGCAGGUGCAUCGACCUGAUCAUGAAGCAACUCCAGUCGACAUAUGCUGACUACCGGGUCGAAUGCAUGAAGAGCAACGAAAAGGCGCCCGAAAGUCUCACGCAGUUCAUUUUCAGGCGGCGUGAUGAUCUUUGCAAGUCUGUGUCGAGAGCUGAAGCCUUGUUUUUCGAAGUUGAAAAGCAUGUUUCUUCCUUGCGAUCCCCCAAGAUGAAAUCUGACUGUUCCUGGAGCUUGAUCUCGGAAACUCCAAAGGAUCGGGGAGUCCCUGUGCUGUCGACAGACCGUUUGGAAGAGGUUGCGAGUGCAGCAUCUGGCCAUUCAAUCAACAGUGAGAUCUCCUGCCUGUCGGGUCAGGGUGGGCCUCACUGCUUUCUGCCAUCGCAUCUCUUUCACGCCUUGCAGUCUGGAGUUGGGCGUGAAUCUCCAUCAGCUGCCUUAGUGUUGGCACAGGAUUUGCGAAAGGGCACCAAGAUCCUUUCGGCAGACGGUGUCACAAUAGAGGUGACCAAGGUGGAAAAGCAGAAGACGAACAAGCUGGUGGAAUUGGAGAUUGAUCGCGCGAUGCCCUUGACUACCACUCCACACCACCGCAUCAUGGUCCCAUCUGAGAGUGAAGCCACAACAGUCAUGGCGGUCGAUCUGUCACCCGGGAGUCUGGUCAUGUGCAGCGAUUGCAUGCCCAAGAAGGUGAUCAGAAAGACAGAGUACCUUGUCGAAGAACAAGACGUCUUGGCCAUCACCUUCCAUCCGGACAAGGCAGUGGCGUGCUUCCUGCCACCCGAGGAGCCGGUGGUGCUGACCAAAGGCCUGACCCCCAAAGAAACCCGUCGAGGUGGCAUGGGCAGGCGAGGUGUCAAGCAGGAGGUGGUCAGCAUCCCAGACACGGCAGCGGGUGAAUAUGAAGACUGAGGAGGCAACAUAGGCAGAGUUGUCUAGGGAAAAGAUUGGGCAACCAGAAUUUGG